CGAUGAACGGGGGGUGUUGCUAUUGGCCUGGUGAAUCACAUGGCGAAGUGCUGCUUGGAUGUUAGUAUCUAUCUGUGUCCGAGAGGGAGAGCGAGAGCAUCGGCGCCGAAAUGAGUAUAAGAGUGUAUUACACAACUGUUACUGGCUCCAGGGAGGUGAAAUCCCAGCAGUGGGAGGUGACGCGGGUCAUGGACAGUAAAAGCAUCAAGUACGAAAUGAUCGACAUUGCACAGAAUAAUUCCUUGAAAGAGGAGAUGAGGAGCAAGUCGGGCAACCCCAGCGCUCUGCCUCCUCAGAUCUUCAACGGCGACCAGCACUGUGGGGGUUACGAGGAUUUUGUGGAGGCGGUGGAAACGAGUGAUGUGCGGAAGUUUCUGAAGCUCGACUAAGCUCCCUCUGUGCCAGAUGGACGAGAGGCAGAGUGCAGAGGCGACCCUCAUGCAACUCGCACUCUCCACGAGCGAUCCCAAUCACACGGCCAUGUUUGAAUCACCCAGUAACAGUAACAGCUUCUCCGUAUAUCAGCUUUGGCUCCUUCAUUGGAAGCUUGUUGCCAAUUCAUCCAUUCCAUUGUCAUUCUUCCACUAGCUAUUAAUGAGUCUCAGCUUAGUCAUUCCACAACUGAAUUAAAGCUUUGUCAUUCCUCGGGGAAAUGUGUAGGAUGCAAAAUCAUCUGGGGGUGGGGUGGUGGUGGGGGGGGCGGGGGUUAAGUGAACCAGAGCCUUAGGGAAAGCCUGAAGGUGGAGCAGGUGGUGGGAAGGGGGCAUCCAGAAUACCACUGAAUUACACCAAUGUAAUAUUCUACUCCCUCUCACCAGCUAUUUGGGAUGGGAGGGUAAAUGAAUAGAGCAGGAAGGGAAGAAUCCUGAGGGCUGGGUCCUGAGCUAUGUUUUUUAGGGAAUGGGAGGCAACCUGGGGGUUGGACUGUGGUGGGGAGGUUGCUGGAGGAAAGUAAAGGUCCUUGAAUUAAAGGGUAGAGUUCAAUGGGAGGAGUAAGGGAUGGAGCUCCUGGUGAUGUCGGCUGUGGUGGGUGAAGUCCUGGGUGGUCAGCUAAUGGCCGUGUACCCCAAUAAAUAAUUUAAUUGGCGUUGCCUCAGUUUCUCACUUGUAAAUGUCACAUGAUGACUGCUGGGACAAUGGAUGUUACACCAUUGAGACCCAAGAUUCUUCCUGUGAUAUUCAAUUUAAAGGGACGGGUGGGAUUUGGGGAGAUGGCUCAUUCUCAUUCAACUCUGUGCGGUGCCCAUCAUGGUUACUCCAGGGGUGACUCCCGGACAUCUUGUUGACCAUCUCUGGUAGGUACAUGGACCAUUGAAAUGACCUUUGCUAAAUUGGACCUCCAGUUUGUGUAAGUGCUAUCUUCCAUUGGGGUUGAUACCCAGUCAGGCUGGUUGUUCACCACCCUGUGAGACGGCUUUCCUUAUGUAAAAUGUUUCCUCACCCCCUUAUGUCGACCCAUGAAUUUUGUCCACAUCCUGCUAUCAUUCCUUGACUGAGAAUCACUCCCUGCUGCUGCCUCUCCCUGGAGUCCAGUGCAUUGAUUCAUUAUUUAUGUGAUUGCAGUUAUUACCAGAACGUUGCAAGGAUGCACAAUAACUGUUAAGGAAAUGCUUCACAGCCAGUCUGCUGCUGUAAUGUUUUCAUUCACUCUAUCUUUCCCUCUUUACAGCUCUCUCUCUCUUCUCUCUCUCUCUUUCUCUUUCUUUUGCUAUCCCAACCUGGACCAAGUAGGAUUUCUGCUAAAAUAUUAAAUAAUGUCUUCCAGGAAGAUAUGGAAUGUUUUGAACUCUCAA